CAGCUGAAAGACAAUCCUACACCCGAUACGGUCGAGUAUGGACGUGCUACCGCAAAGCAGUUGCCUUUGCCAAUACAAAAAGCUAAACUUGAGUAAAAUAGUGUUGUCGGUGCAGCAAAUCAGGUCGGGAAGUGCCGUGGCUAAAAGCUAGUCUUGAACCGGUCAACGUGAAUUAGAUUUGCAAACAACGCUGAGAAAUUCAGUGACCUGUGAAUAAUUUGCGGGACAUUGUUGGUGCAGAAGUCAAGGAAAAAAAAAACAUUUUGCGUAACAGCAGUGAUGAGAAAGGAAAAGCUCUUCUGUUAAACACUAACGAGGAGUAUAAAACAAAUAAUCUGUGAUUGAGGUGUACAGACGUAAAGUGAAUGCUUUGGAAAAAAAUAGCAUUUCUAUUUGAUAGAGUGAGCGACACAGGGAAAUGAGCAACCGAGAGUGAUAAGGUUCAACAAACGGAUCAUAAUCUACAUCUGUUUGUUCAGUGAAUGACAAAGAGACGAAGUGCAAACACACAAUACGUGCUUUGUGUAUACAUUGAGACUACCAUUCAGUCAAUAAAGGUUGAUAAGCAAAAAGGCAGAUAGUGCGUGGAGAGUGUCACCAAGGGAGUUCAAGAUGUGGUGUCUUAUAAACCUACCGAAUGGAACGACGUCGGGAGUCCAGUGUGACCCCAAGAAGAACAGCCAAGAGUGUUUGGAGAAGGUCUGUAACGAUCUUGGAAUAAUCUGUGAAACUGACUAUUUCGGAUUGAUUCCGGUCCGCGAUGGAGACGGUGCAGAAGUUGACGAAUGUAGCGCCAAACAGUGGAUCAACUUGCGAAAUCCUCUGAGUCUACACGCCAACGAUCGCCACCCCAUUUUGCUGUCGUUGCGCGUCAAGUUCUGGGUGCCUGCGCAUUUAAUCUUGCAGGACAGUGUAAAGAAACUGUUCUACAUGCAGGCUCGACAAGAGCUCUUGGAUGGACACAUCAGUGCGGCAAGCUGGGAGAAUGCAGCGCACAUUUCUGCCUUGCUACUGCAAGCUGAUGGCUACAUUUACGACCCAAACAAGGUCUUCGCAAACCUAACCGGUUUGGAGCGUGGAAGUCCUCUGAACACUGUCGAUCGUCGUCAACUGAGGAGACCUUCAAAACGGAAGUGUUCGGAAACCGAUGUUAAACGAGGAAGCAUUGCAUCGACAGUCACCGUAGAUGAUGCCGUUUCAGAAACUGAACCAAAGAACAUUUACCAGACCUACAUCGUGCGUCCAAAGUUCGAGGAUGUUGAACCUGAACCAAUGCCGGAGAACUUCAUUCAAAUGAUCGCAAAGGAACACGAGGUUCUAAGCAAGAUCAAAAUGACUGCAAGUUCCGCUCAGUACUGGGUACUCGAAGAAAUCUCAUCUUUGAAUGGCUACGGCGAAGAGGUGUUCGAAGGUAUCACGAUCAACGAACCAUCGGUACGCUGCAAAAUCGGAGUUAGCCCCCAUGGGCUUACCAUUGCCAAGGACGAUGAAAAGUAUAACGUUCCAUUUACUGCAGUGAAGGCCGCAAAGUCAAUCAAACGAUCGUUCCGACUGACGUACAUGAACGAAGAGCAUGAGGAAACCCACAUCGAGUUGAAGUUGCCAAAUCAUCGUACGGCCGCUUGUCUCUACCGGGCCAUUACCGAGAAGCACGUGUUCUAUUCGUGCGAAACUGUUCGACCUGUGGUUACCACCCAGUUUAUACGUGAUCUCAAAGGAACCAUUGUAUCCAUGUUCAACGAAGAUACUGAACUCGGCAAACGCUACGUAUUCGACAUCCAGCGAACCUGUCGGGAGGUGUACGACAACGCUCGACGAGUUCUGCAUGCUCGUGGAAUGGAAAUCAGCAAAGUACAAAAGGAAUGUCCACAAGCCCAGGCCAGUAAGCUGGACCAGCAGUUGGCCGAUGAAGCCGAAGAAAGCAACAAGCUCGAACGACUAGUCGAAGAACGGUUAACCGAAGCGCUGACCUGUAUCAUCUGCGCUGACAAUAUGAUCGACACAAUGUUCCUUCCAUGUGGACAUAUUACCGCCUGCCGGCAAUGCGCAGAACAAUGCGACCGCUGUCCACUUUGCCGAGCCAACAUCGAGUGCGUCAACAAGGCGUUCUUACCACCCGUGAUGAGAACAAGGAGUCAAACAGCCGCUGCCAACGCUUCGGCUCAGUCAAUCGAAGCUCAUUAAAAUCCUUAUAUCUCGAGAACGACCCCCACAAUUUCCACAAUUUGGCUCAAAAUGUUAAACUCCAACCACAUUACCAUUAGCUUUAGCCGAAAAAUAAUGCACAGCCCAAAACUAAUGUUGGAAAGGGCUUUUUACGUUACAAAAUUUCAACUGAAAAAAGAAAAAAUGCAAACAAGGUGAUAUUUAGUUUUAGUUACACUGUCUAUAGGCUUUGAACGAAACUGCUUUUGAAGUUGUCGAUAGCCAGACCCCAUAUUUCAUAAUCAAGCGAACUUAUAUAGUCAUGUAUCAAUGCAAACUAACCAACGUAGUUGUAGUACCUAGCGAAGGGUUCCACCCGGAUUGUGUGAUGAACGAAUGGAUAUGUUUUAAAAGGCGCCGAAGCGCCCAGUGAGUUGGAUAAUUUUAGCGAUGAAAGUAUUGAUUUCUGUUAAGUAUUUUAUAUCCCCCAAAACCUUCAAUUCAAUGAUUGGUCUUCGUACGAUCUACGUGUAAGAUUAUAUUAUCUGUGCCGCAAAAAAAUGGCCACCAAAAAAUGCAAAUACAAUUUGUUGUUACUGAAAAA